GUGACGUCCGGCGCGUCGGGCGCGCUGGAGCUCGCCUUCGCCGUGCUGCUCUCCGCGGGCGACAACGUGCUCGUGCCGUCGCCGGGCUUCCCGCUCUACGCGACGCUCGCGGAGUCGCUCGGCGCCGAGGUCCGCUACUACGGGCUCGACUCCGCCAAGGGCUGGGACCCGGACGUCGCGGGCCUGGACGCUCUCAUCGACGGCCGCACGAAGGCCAUCGUCGUCAACUCGCCGAGCAACCCCUGCGGCGCCGUCCACAGCCUCAAGGCGCUGCGCGGUGUCGUCGCCGUCGCCGCCGCGAAUCGCCUGCCGAUCGUGUCCGACGAGAUCUACAAGGACCUCGUCUUCGAGGACGCGGAGAACUCCUGCUCCCUGGCCGACGUCGCCGUGGGCGCCUGCCCCGUGCUCGCGGUCGACGGCCUCGCGAAGACCUUCGCGGUGCCGGGCUGGCGCGUCGGCUGGAUCGUCCUGCACGACUCCGUGAACGCGCUCGGCGACGUCCGCGAGGGCCUCGCGCGCCUCGCGACGCUGAUCCUCGGCGCGUCGACGCUCGCCCAGGCGGCGAUCCCCGUGGCGUUGAGCCGCGAGCCG